CUCCUCCAGCAGCGAUUUGAUCUCGGCGAUUUUAUCCAGAGCUCGGCGGAGGACGCUGAGGGAGGAAAAGGGGAAAAAAGCCACGCCCACGCAGCGCCCAAUGGGGAUUAAGUUUGGUGAAAUCACGUGAUGGCGGUGUCACAUGACCGGCGUUCAACAUGGCGGACGAGGAACCGCUGCUGCAGCAGGAUGAAGACUCCGCCCCUGCCCCGCCCCCUCCGACCCCUUCCUGGCGAAUCGGAGCCGCUUUUUGGAUUUUGGGGCUGUGCAACAACCUCCCGUACGUGGUGAUGCUCAGCGCCGCCCGCGACCUGCUGGAGCCACGCCCCGGGGAGGAGCCGCGGAAUCGGAGCCGGCACGACUGUGACCCUGUGGGGACAGGGGCCGUGCUACUGGCCGACGUCGUCCCCGCCCUGGUGGUGAAGCUGCUGCUGCCCCUGCUGGGGCCGUACCUGCCCGACAGGUGCCGCGCGGUGGCCGUGGCUCUCUGCCUCUGGGGCAGCCUCAGCGCCGUGGCCGCGGCCAGAGGGACCCUGAGCGGCCUGGGGGGUGUGGCGCUGGGCAGUGCGGGGGCGGGGCUUGGCGAGGUGACCUUCCUGACCUUGGCCUCCUCCUACCCCAGCUCCGGGCUCUCCCAUUGGUCGUCGGGGACGGGCGGGGCCGGGCUGGGCGGGGCUUUGGCGUUUUGGGGGCUGCGGGCGUGGCUGCCCCUCCCCCACUCGCUGCUGCCCUUCCUGGCCCUGCCCCCCCUCAUGCUGCUCAGUUUUUUCUUCCUGCUGGGCCCCGCCCCUCCCCCCCCGCCGGAUCCGCCCCUCCCCCCCCCGGACCAAGGGGGCGGGGCCUGGGCCGAGAAAUGGGGCGUGGCCAAGGCCGCGCUCCGGCAGGGGGCGCCACUGAGCGUCGUUUACUUCGCCGAGUACUUCGUUAACAUGGGGCUGAUGGAGCUGCUCUACUUCCCCUCCUCGCCCCUCCCCCACAGCGCCCAGUACCGCACGCUGCAGCUGCUGUACCAGGCCGGCGUCUUCGCCUCCCGCUCGUCGCUGCGCUGGGUCCGCCUGCGGCGCCUCUGGGGGCUGGCGCUGGCACAGGCGCUGCUCGCCGCGUUCCUAUUGGCUGCGGUGGCGACCAAUCAGCUGCUGCCGGGGCUGGGCGUGGCCGCGGCGCUGAUGGUGGGGGAGGGGCUGGUGGGGGGAGGGGCCUACGGGAACGGAUUCGCCAACCUGGCCGGAGAGCUGCCCCUCCCCCAGCAGCCGCUGGCCGUCGCUGUGGUCACUCUCAUGGCCGAAGUCGCCAUCGCCGCGGCCGGAGGGGUCGCCCUGGCUGCUCACGCCGUCUUCUGCGGCCACUGAGUGACCACUGAGUGACCACUGAGUGACCAAUGAGUGACCCUGAGUGACCACUGAGUGACCCUGAGUGACCACAUGGAUCGGUCACAAAGUGACCCUGAACUGACCACUGAGUGACCAAUGAGUGACCACUGAGUGACCAUUGGAAUGGCCUUGGAGUGACCACUGAGUGACCCUGGAAUUGACCUUGAACUGACCAGUGGGUGACCACUGGAUUGGCCAUGGAGUGACCACUGAGUGACCAUUGAGUGACCACUGGAAACGAACCUAGAAGUGACCACUGAGUGACCCUGAAGUGACUCUGGAGUGACCACAGAGUGACCAUUGGAUUGGCCCCUGGAAGUGACCACAAACUGACCACUGAGUGACCACUGGAUUGACCCAUGGACUGGUCACUGAGUGACCACUGAGUGACCCCAUGGAUCGGUCACAAAGUGACCCUGAACUGACCAUUGAGUGACCACUGAGUGACCACGGAGUGACCACAUGGAGUGGACAUGGAGUGACCCCUGAGUGACCACUGGAAUGGCCUUGGAGUGACCCUGGAAGUGACCACUGAGUGACCCCUGGAGUGACCUCAGAGUGACCACUGAGUGACCACUGAGUGACAACAUGGGUCAGUCACAAAGUGACCCUGAACUGACCAUUGAGUGACCACUGAGUGACCAAUGAGUGACCCUGGAAGUGACCCUGAACUGACCAGUGAGUGACCACUGAGUGACCCUGAGUGACCAGUGAGUGACCACUGAGUGACCCCUGGAGUGACCACUGAGUGACCACUGGAUUGGCCCCUGGAAGUGACCACAAACUGACCACUGAGUGACCACUGGAUUGGCCUUGAACUGACCAGUGGGUGACCACUGGAUUGGCCAUGGAGUGACCACUGAAAUGACCACUGGAGUGACCACUGAGUGACCCUGGAGUGAUCGAUGAGUGACCACUGAGUGACCA